CGAGCAGAAUAGACAGGCGCACUGUUUCAAGUACAAUCAACCAAUUCAUAGCGAUUCAUGGUAGUGAAUCAGCAACGGAGAUGCAUUGAGUCUACUCGUUUAACGUUACAGUAACUAGCUGCAAAACUGUUGUGACAGCAUGUACGCGAAUAAGUUUGGUCGCUUCACGUUAGGGCUGUACAGCCGGAAGACGGCCGCGGUGCCGUGCGGGGCUCCGAGCUGGACUGCGGUGUGUAAACAGCGGACACUGUGGCUGCAGAGGAGCGCCUGUCUGAACACCCAGCAAAAUACCGUGCCCUGUCACGUCAGUGCUCGGUCAGCCUCCCAAACCACAGUGGACCCCGAAGAGGUGAGGAGGUUCCAGUCUCUGGCCAGCAAGUGGUGGGACGAACAGGGAGAAUUCGCAGCUCUCCAUGCCAUGAAUGACCUGAGGGUGCCUUUCAUACGGGAUAAUCUGCUGAAUGUGCACAGAGUGCGUCACCCUGGAAAACCUCUCCGAGGACUCAGAAUACUGGAUGUCGGCUGUGGAGGAGGCCUGCUCACGGAGCCCCUAGGCCGCCUGGGAGCUAAUGUGUUGGGUAUAGAUCCAGUAGGCGACAGCAUCGGUACAGCCCAGCUGCACUCAUCCAUUGACCCGGACCUUUGUGAGUGUGUGUGCUACCGGGCCAGCACUCUGGAGGAGCUCGCAGCAGAAGAGGAUGAAGCAGAGGAGGAGCAGGGGGCGGGCCAGUUUGAUGCGGUCAUAGCCUCUGAGGUGGUGGAACAUCUAGCCGACCUGGAAACCUUCGCCUUCUGCUGCAACCAAGUGCUGAAGCUAGGCGGCUCACUCUUCAUCACUACUAUAAAUAAAACCAACCUGUCAUACGCGUUGGGUAUUGUUGUGGCCGAGCAGCUGCUGCACAUCGUUCCCAGCGGGACGCACGACUGGGAUAAGUUCAUCAGCCCUGUAGAGCUGGAGCGCCUCCUGGAGUCCAAUGGUUUCUCGGUGCAGUCUGUCCAAGGAAUGCUGUACAACCCGGUAUCAGGAGCCUGGAGCUGGACUGACAGCACUGCCAUCAACUACGCCCUCCACGCUGUCAAAGUGAGAGACGAUCCCCACACAGAGCAGGCUGGGGGGAGCAGCACCCACCCAGAGGACCACCACACUACAGCCACACACGGCUGAGCCAGACCACUGCAGAACGAGUCCGAAAAUGAAAAGAAAAUGCAUUCAGAUGAGCUGUAGUUGCAGAGUCACACUCUGAAUGAGAUUGCAUUAAGCUUUUGGUUUUCUGUCAGUGUUUGCUUCACUGUGAACCAGUUCUAGAAACAGUUUAAGAAACGUGGGUUUGACGAGCUGUACAAGGCAGCUGUGCAGCUUCUAAUUGUCUCACUCAGCAGAGCUAAAGCCAAACAGAGUUUAUGUUCACACAGUCAUCAUUUUCAGUAUAUGAAAUUUAAAUAUAAUAUAAAUAUAAAUUUGAAUCAUAUUUAUGUGGAAUAUUUUGUGAUUUGCCAUAUGUAUUAAAAUAAUGUAAUUUC